CAGCGCAGUUAAAUAAAUUUUUUAAAGAGCCUAUGGAAAACCAAUAAUCUCAGGGAAUCCGUGUGAUUCACAUUCUGUUCAUGAGCCACAUAUCAAUAAUAGUAAAAUCAAUUUUUAAACAUCCCAUAUUUCUGAAACAAAGUCAAAACCCUAGUGAAUGGCCAUCCUUUAAAAGGUAAAUCACGAGGAAAUUAUAACUUUCCAGUUUCCCAUAAUUGGUCCCCUGUGCUUCGUCUUUUAAAAGCUUUUUCUUAUGUAUCUUAUGUAUCUACCUCCCUCUGUCCCUUACACAGUCUUCUCUUUAUGCUCUCAUUUAAUAAUCAAAUGUUAAAAUAUCAUCCCAGCUUUUUUUGGUUUCUUUUGCAGCAGUGUGUCCUGGCAUUCCGCUUUCUAUCUCUUUAUUUUCCAGGUGUCUGUAUCUCUUUGUGUAAAUUUGUACCUUCAGUGGUCUACUUCUGGACCUUGCCUUUUCCUCCAGUUUGAAAGUUGUUGUUUGGCAUGUUCAACUCAUUCACGCUUAUUGCAGAUGCUAUUAUAUUCCGGCUGGAAACUGCCAUUUUGUUCUGUGGUUUUCUAUUUAUCAUACUUCUUUUUGUUUUUAUGUUUUAUUGGGCAGAUCGCAUUUUUUCUUUUUUUUUUUUUUUAAGUCUCCAGUGUUUAGAUCACGCUGAGGCAUCUAAUUCCUGAUAUUUCUACUUUAAUGUGGAGAACUUAAUUACGAGUUCAAGGGCCUUGAAACCACAACCAGGCUGGAUUGAAGAAACACGGCUGAAGAAGCAGAAAGUGAAGAUGUUGGAGCCGCAGGCCGUGGCUCUGUGUUCCCUCCAACGGGAGGGCAGGCGCGUAGCCCCCACGAGGGGGCGCCGCAGAGCGUGGAGGCGGCUAGAGGCGGCCAUGGCGUCUCUGGGAGUUCCCCGCGGCGGCGGAGGCAGCUCCCUAGGCCUUCUGGUCUGGCUCUUGUUCCUUUGGCCACAGCUCUGUGAGACAGGGCCGGCAAGGACUGGAGGUGAGGGUGCCAGACCCAAGGAGGAUUCUGCAAUGAGCCGGGCAAACGCAGAGGCCCCCUCAGCUCCAGGACACCUGAAAUCUGAGGAGGUUCCAACAGCUCCAGGGCUGCCUACACCCCCAGCGGAAGAUGUUCUGCAGAUCCCUCCUCCCUUUGGAGGGUGGUUUGCGCAAGUGAGCCAAGGAACAUGUGGCCAUCGGAAAAUGAGGAUAAUUGGUGGAAUGCCAGCCCCAGACAGAAAGUGGCCCUGGCAGGUGAGCCUGCAGAUCAACAAUGAACACGUGUGCGGAGGCUCCCUCAUUGCCCCACAGUGGGUACUGACUGCAGCUCACUGCAUAUUUGGCUUUGAGGAAUAUACAGUGCGGAUGGGAAGCACAUUGUUACUUCCACAAUCGGGAAUGGUCAUUCCAGUUCGAGACAUCGUUUGCCAUAGCUUUUAUGAUGUUAGAACUUUGAUGAAUGACAUUGCCCUUGUUCUGCUGGCCCACUCUGUGAAUUAUUCUGCAUACAUCCAGCCAGUGUGUCUCCCUGAAAAGAAUUUUGAAGCAGAAACUGGGACACGGUGCUGGGUGACUGGAUGGGGCCGACAGAUGGAAGAUGGUUACAAAGGAGACAGCACCAAACCAGCUUGUGGCCAACCUUGGUGGCCGAAGAAUUUGGACCUGUCUCGCCAUUGGCCCUGGGAAGUGAGCCUCCGAGUGGGAAAUGAGCACGUGUGUGGAGGGGCCCUCAUUGACCUCAAAUGGGUGGUGACUGCUGCCCACUGCAUCCAAGGCACAAAGGAGUAUUCAGUGAUUCUUGGCACCUCCAAGCUGAAGCCCCCGAACUCCACAAGAACCCUCUUGAUCCCUGUGAGGGACAUCAUUAUGCACCCCAAGUACUGGGGCCGGACCUUCAUCAUGGGUGAUGUGGCCCUUCUCCAACUUUACAAUCCUGUCAUCAUCAGCAAGUAUGUGCAGCCCAUCUGCCUUCCAGAGCCCAAUUACAGCCUGAAGGUUGGGACACAGUGCUGGGUAACUGGCUGGGGCCAGGUUAAACAGCGCUUCUCAGCCAACUCCACGCUGGCCCCAGAGCUGCAGGAGGCCGAGGUGUUUAUCAUGGACAACAAGAAGUGUGACCAGAUUUACCGCAAGAAGUCCCACAUCCCCCGCGUUGUCCCCCUUGUGCUGGGGGAUAUGAUUUGUGCCACCAAUUACAGAGAAGACUUGUGCUCUGGGGAUUCUGGGGGUCCAUUGGCUUGUGAAGUCGAGGGCAGAUGGAUUCUUGCUGGGGUGUUGUCCUGGGAAAAGGCCUGCGCCAAAGUACGUAAUCCGGGCGUGUAUACCCGUAUCACCAAAUACAGCAGAUGGAUCAAGAAGCAAAUAAGCAAUGGGAUUCUCUCAGUUCCCUGCACUUCUGCUUGGCUCCUACUCCUGUUCUGGCUGCUGCAUCCCCAGAUGGGCCCCUGAUCUUCACUCUCCCUUCUCCAUGCUUUGCCUUUGCUGAAUGAGGCCAGAUCAAGAUUAGAUCAAGGUCAUGGGUCUGUAUUCAACAAGAGUCAAGAUGGGGAAAAAGUGGCCCCUGGGACUGAGUCCGGUUUUGGCCUCCUGGUGGGGAGGGAAGUGGUGGAUGACUAAGCCUUGAGUGACCAGGAGAAAGAAGUGUGGCCUAGAAGCGCUCUGGAAUUGGGGAUCAGGAUAGCAGGGAUUAAAUUUGUGAAAACAUAAGCUGACUCUGUUCUCUUUUCUGGUUGGCCCUGAGGAUUGGGGAUCGGUGGGUGGGCAGGGCCUCCUGGAAUUAAUUCUCAGGAGGCUUCCCAGAGUGGAGACUGUUGUUUUUGCUAAGCCACUUGUGCUGCGGCUUUGGGAAAGGGCUUGGGCCUGAGGCAUCAGUUUUCUCAACUGUAAAGUGGGCGUGAGGGGAGCAACUGAGACACGCAGUAUAGGUGGCAGUAGGAAGGACCUAUCGUGCUCCAAAAUCAGCUUUCUUUUUUUUAUAA